UCUACGAUAACACCACUAAAAAAAACAAAACAUUUUCAUAUGUGUAAUAAUGGUUAUUUACAAUAAAAAAUACAACACGCAUAAAAGUGUGAAGGGUCAACAAAGAUAAAAAUUAUAAAUAAUAUAGUUAAAUAGAGGAAAUAUUUUAUAAUUUCCGACACAUUUGGUAAAUGUAUUGGUCAUGUUACAACUCUAAAGUUUAAAUCCAGAUUCUUUAUCCAUUCCACCGCUUCUUCCCUCACUAAGUGAAUAUCUUCCGUGGCGCCUUUAAAUGCAUGAAUCGGACAUUCAGCGGUGAUGUGUUUAGUCGUUUGGGAUUCAUAGCUACAAUUACGUUUCAGAGUCACGCAAUCUCCAUUUCAACAUCAUAUGUCCACUCCUCUACCAUGGCCUGUCCUGAUACGGUUUAGUGUUAAUCCGGUAUUUAUUUGGAGUUAAAAUCCUGGUUGUUAGAUGGUUGGGGUAGUUUCUGAUGUGGUAAGGCCCGCGUAAAUGGGGAGGGUAAGAUCAUUGGCAUACUUUUUCUAUUCUUGCAAGAGUGCGUGUUCUCUACGUAAUUUCGGAAGAGUAAUGUUACUAAGCACUGGUAUCCAUUUUAGCAGUGUGGAUUUCGUCAGUCCUUCAAUUAUUGUACCAAUAGCUGCACUAAGGUGUAGCACUAGAUACAGGAAUUACAAUAACUAUACAAUAAAUAAAUGUGGAUAAGACCCUAGAUGAGGAUUAAAGAAAUCUUUUAAUAGUCAUAUUUUUAGGUUUUUAACUCUUUGCAUUUUGUAUUUUAUAUUCCAAUAAAAUAUUUUUCUGAAAAUACAGUUUCAAUCAAAUAAUCCCGAUUUGUACGCACUCUCUAAAAUAGUAUUAACACUGGUUUAUACAAGUAACAAAAAUAAAUACCAAUAAUAAUUAAUAUAAUUAUUUCUUAAGUUUACAUGAUGAUAUUUCUAAUAGCAUGAUCAUUGAUCAGUUUAUUCAACAGUAGUGGUUAAAAAUGGGACAUUCCUAAAAUUAAUAAACAAAUACAAAUAGAAGUGAGAAAAUUUGUAUUUUUCUAAGAAAAAGUGACUAAAAGUGACUCACUAGCAGUCCUGCUACACUCAUUUUGUGUUCUAUAUUUCUGUAUACCACCCAAUACUCCGAACCAUAUAACAUUGCUUUGCUGAGAUCGGUGAAAAAAAAUCAAUAUAGAUACAUAAUAAUAUUAAACUAGGUACAACAAUCAAAAUUAAGGCAUACAGAUAUAGAUUAUAUUCUCGGGUAGGUUUAGUUGGUCGGAAACAAUAUUACCCCCUCUUACAUUGAACAUCUUUGAAGGUAAAAUAAUUAAUUGUACUACUGUAACCAAUGUACAUUACGGCAAGUCUAGAUAUUCUUAAAAUUAAAUCAAACGUCUGGAAUUUCUUUACAGUGUAUACAGAACACCCAAGGUACAAGUAAUCUGUAAAUAAUAUUAAAAUAAUAAACGAUAUAUUAUACGAUAUUCUAUCUAGUCAAACACACUAUAUUUAAAAACACGAUUUAUCAAUUACCCGUGUUUUCUUCUAAAGAAAUUAUUAACUGAAAGGAUUCGCAAGUUGUAAUAUCCCUACGACCUACCCAAAAGACCCCCAGGCUACAGUUAAAAUGUCAAUAAUAGUAGGUAUUAUUGAUGUUACAUUGUUAUUUAAUUUAUUUAUAAACAACCAAACGGUUAUUAAACCAAUUAUUAUUAAUUUCAUUAUGAAAAAAAAACGACCGUAGUCUGCCACGUGCGUUUUCAGUACAAUAAUAUUCGUAUAAUUGCGUUAUAAUAACGGCCGCCGUGUAAUAAACGCGCCAGCUCGCGCUUGUGUGCGUGAUAAUAAAGCUAUAUGAUUUAUUGUUGUAGAAGUGUGUGUGUGUUUAUUUAUUAUAUUAUAUACGUCAUGAUACGAGACCCGGCAAGUAGGUGUGAGAGUACACGGUGGCCGGGGUGGCGGUGACAAAUCGUCGGUAAUCGGAUGAGUUUUAUAAACUGUUUUGGCAACACUGGCCGUUUUAUGGGAUGACGGAUCUGUAGCGGCGGCGGUGGUGGUGGUGGUGGCGGCGGCAGCAGGCCAGCAGCAGCAGCAGGUUUAUCCUUUCGUGAGUUGUCGUCGUUUGCAAAACAAUAAAAUGGCCGUUCGAUUUUUGUUGUUUGUGUACACGAACACAUGCACACACUGACGGGCGCGCGCGCGGCACACACAAACACAAACACACACACACACCUGGACACGGGUAACAUUACUACGCGAUAGUAGGCGCACGCACGCACAACCGCCAACACAAACACGGACACAAAAACAACCGUACGUACACACACACACACACACACACACGUUCAUCAUCAAUUAUGUGGCCGUGCCGCCGACGACUACGACGGAUAAUAGUAGUAGUGCCCGAAAUACGUACCGCCGCCGCGUCGUUGUUUAUUGUGAAUAUCAUGUUGUUAUGUUGUUGUUAUCGGUCGUGGUGUUGUUAAUUGCCGUCGGUGUAUCGUUGUUGUUGUUGUGCGACGGUCGCAAUGUUGUCGUCACCGCUGUGUUAGUGCCGCGCACCGCCAUCGAAUUAUUGUUAUUAUUAUCGUCGUAUUAUUAUGUAACGGAAUCGGAUCGCCGGACACUGACUGGCGUCGUGCGCGAAACGGUAAGAGUAGUGCGAAAAAAGGAAAAUAAUAUUCUUAGAUUAGAAAAAAAAAAAAUCAUCAACAAACGAACGAAUAAACACAAAUGAAAAACGUACCGUAACAAUAUUAUUACUGUGGCGGUACCCCACCGCGUUCGCCUUCGUUCGCCCUGUACACAGAAGCGCGUAUUUUCGCCGGAACGUCCUGCAUAUGAUUUCUAGUAUGUAGUGCUGCUACGUACCGCGGUUAUUGCGUUCUCGACUGAACCGUUUAUUUAUCUCGCUCUGUACGUCCUGUCCCCGUGACUGAUCGCCGGCCGGACCAUUGUUUUUGUUAUUAUAGCGGCGUUGAUAAAAUACGUCGUGUGUUUAUAUUGAUUGUGUAGCACCGACGUAACGCGCACAAUAUUCGAAUAUUGUGGGAUACCCGUUAAAAAAAAAAAAAAAAGUUCGCCGGAUAACGUAAAAAUACGUUAUCCGUGCAAUCGCUAGUGAUUGUUUUUCGUCGAAGACCCUGAUAAUACAAACAUCUAUUUAAUACCUAUUAAACCGUAGAAGUGAUAGAUAGACGUCCGCUAAGGAUUGAAUGUCAACAUCAAGUCCGCGUGCAUUUUUUAGGUAGGUCUUAAAUGCUUAUUUUUGUUUUCGUGUUCGUGUGUAAUGCUCGUUUUGUAUUUAAAGAAUGUUUAUUUGUUAAAGAAGAUGGCCUAAUAUAAUUGGAAAUUGUAUUUAUUUCAUUGUGAUGUUUGAAGUAUUUAGAUUUGUAUUAUAUUUACUUUAAUAUUAUGUUUAUAAACUUACAAAAUUGCUUUAUUUUUAUGAGUUAUUUUGAUUGCUUUAUUUUGUUUGUUUACAGCUUAAACUUGAACGUAAUUUUGUAAUUAUCACCUAGAUUUUUUUCUAAUACCAUUCUAUCGUUUAACAUUUUUCAAGUUAAAUUUACUUAACCAAAUUCUCAGCUGAUUUAUUGUGUACCAUUAAUGCAUUUGUUCUUAGAAAAUCCUUGGGAAUAUUUGAAUUUGAUAUCAAUGCUUUUCAAGCGUAUACAAUAAUAUUUUACAUACAUAUUUGUUUUGUUGGGUUUGUAUUUUGUAAUAUUAUUAAAAGUACUUAAUUAUAAACACAAAUAGUAAAUCAAAAUGAAUGUAGUUUUAAAACUACAAACCUGAUGCAUUUUCUUCUGAAAUAUAAAUUACAAGAUAUUUACUAUUGACAAAAAUUCAUGCAUAUUAUUAAAAUUGACAUUUUAGGUGUAUAAAGCGUAAUUGAAUGUAUGGUGUGUGCUGCAGACUGGAAGGCACCGUGGAUUCUAUACCACAGGGCCUAUUAGACGGCCGCCCUGCCAGUUCACUAGUUCUUACUCAUCAUCAGGUAUACAAUUUAUAAAUUGUUAAUUACUUAACCUAGUUGUGUGUAUUGGAAAACAAUUCAGGAGGGUUAAACAAAUUGAACUAUAGAACUAAUAAAAUAGAAUGCCCUAGAAUGUAACAUUUUUUUUUUAAUUUCGGAGAAGUGGUUGAACCACUGUAUCCAUACUCGCACUUUAUAUUUUGUUAUUGCCUGUUGUACUUAUCUAUUUAUUUCAAAUUGAUUGUAAACAUUUUUAAUAGUAUCAACAAUUACAACAUAUACAAGCACAACAAGAACAAGCUGCUGCAGGAGGAUUAACACUAACACUUCAUCAUCAAACUACAGUAAAUACCCAUUUAUAAUAAGUGUAUAAUAAUUUUUAUUUUACAAUAAUAAUUAUUAUUGUCAGGGUACAGGAACUAACGGUGUACUUUCGGGAGCACCUCAAAUAGUUCUUGCAACUUCUCAGGGACAAGGGCUAACAACUUUUCCAUCAGGAACAACUCAACAAGCUGCAACAUUACAUCAACAUACAAGUAUUCAACAAGUUUUACAUCAACAUGUUCAACAUUCAAACAUUCUUCACUCAACAAGCAUACGACAGGUAAAUAUUUUAUACUUUAACCUAAUUUUAUAAAUUCAAUCAAAAAACAAUAAUUAAUGAGGCUUACAAUGUAUAAAAUUCAAUGCAUUUACCAGGUACUUGCAUAUUUUUAUUAUUUAGUUUUAAUUUUGAUUAUUAAUUUAUUUUUUAUGAAAGAUUUUAGUAAAUAUAACCUAAAAAUAAUUUAAUGCUUUUGUUAAAAGUUUAUACAUCAUGAUAUUUAAAUGUAUUAUUUUUUUAUUAUAUUAGUUAAUAAAUAAUUUUUGAUUUUUAAGAUGGGUGCCCAACAGCACACAUCUGGUACAAUGGUUCAACAACAACAGGCUACAGCAAUAUUGGAUACAACAAAUACUAAAUGUAUACCACCCUCUCCUUCAUCGCCAUUUUCUUCUCGCUCACUUACCCCCUCUCCACAACAGAGAGUUAUUACUCCCCAACCUCAAGUUAUCCAUCAGGUGAAUAACUGUUAUUAUAAAGUAGAUAUUAGUAGUAAACAAUAAUUUGUAAUUAAAUAUUUUUAAUAUCAUUCAGAUGAUGAGUGCUAAUGGACCAGUUUUACAAUUUAUUCAACCAAAUAGUCGAAAUAAUGUAAAUAAUGUACAAGUAAAAAGUAAACCACCACCCCAAAUAUUGCCUAAACCAAUAAGCAAUAAUAAUCAUGUACAGAACCAUGCUAGUAUUAAUAGUAUGAAGUCACAACAAUCACAUCAUUCAACCUCUAUUCAUAGUCAACAACAAGGUGCUUUUUUAAUAAAUCAAGUGAGUUUUUGUUUUAUUUUUGAACAUUUAAUAUGUAUGUUUUCGUUAAGAUUAAAUUAACACAAUUAGCUAAAAUAAAAUAUAUUGCUGUAUUUACAAAAAAAUAUAGGUAUAUAAUAUAUAUAUAUAUUUUUAAAAAUCAUAUUAGAUUAUGCCAACUGCUGGUGUUAUAGUUGGUCCACAAACAACUGGUGGUCUUCAGCUUAUUCUCCGAUCCCCUAACACUCAAAAUAAUAAUACUCAACAAGCUCAAGUCACAUGUAAUGGUACUCAAAUAUUACUACAACAACCUAGACAACAAUCAAAUCAGGUUAGUAAUAUUUUUUUUUUUUUUUAAAUAAUAAGUAUUAAAUCAAAACAUUUUAAUAUAAGGUUGUAAGGUUGGUAAGUGGUCAGAGUGUUCAAUUACAGCAAAUUCAAACAUGUUCGGGUCCAGCAUUAGUUGCAUUAUCAUCUUCAAAUCCUCAAUCCACAAUAACUCAGUCAUCAAAUAAUAGGCCAAUGAAUAUUAAGAAAAAAAGACAAAAAAUUCAUUCAAGGGCACUUGAUGAUGAACCAGUACGAUUAGAUCUGGCAAAUCUAAUCAAAAUAUCAGGUUGGUAUUAAAUAUAAAUACCAUUUGUGGUUAUAAAUGAACCACUCAUUUUGUGUAGGUAUUGAUGAAGAAGACUCUGGUAAUACUGCAAUGCAACAAUCUCAUAUAAAUCAUACCAAUAGAAUUCAACAAACACCAACACCUCCGCCACAAUCUCAUCAACAGUCCACACCUUUAUUAGCUCAAUUACAAACUCCUACUUCUUCAUCUCAGGUAAAUAAUACUUAUAAUUAGAUUAACAUUUUCAAUUUGGAUCUAAUAGCAACUUGAAUAUAAUUCCAGGGUGGUUUCCGAUUAUCUUUGGGAGAAGAUGGCCGUAUGAUUGUACAUCAACCACAGAUUAAUACUAAUACCCUAACUCAGGUAAUACUUUAGAUAGUAUUAAAACAUUAUUUGUAUUAGAAAGUUAAUCAAUAUAUAUCACCAAGUCAAUAAUAUUCCUAUUUCCACAAUCAUAAAAUUCAAGUACUCCUAAUAAUUGACAGAUGACCAACACGGAAUCCCCACAUCCAUGGCAAAAAUUAGCUAUAAAUCAGCGUCUUAGAGCCCUUCAACUUCCAAUCGACGAACAAGCUAAAACCGACUUCCACAAUAAUUUAGUAAUAUAUAAUUCUUAUUAAACCCAUAUGGCAUUGAACUUUAGGAUUCAACCUAAAUAUGUAGUAUUAAUAAAAUGUAUACUCAAUAAUACAAGAUUUUUAAAUUUAUUCUUAAGGCAUUCCAUAAUUCUUAUAAAUGAAGAUAUGAUACAUUAAUAUAUUCCUUUCCCUAAUACAGUCACUGACAAACCUUCUUAGCAUAAUAUAAAAAUAUCUAAUAACUACUACUACUAUUAUCUCCUAAAAUCUUUCAUUAAAAAUUUUUCUUCCUUACACAGGAAAUUAUCAGCUAUUUGAAUUAGUAGUGUUACAGAGUUUCUUAGAUCAUUUUAAAGCCUUUUUUUUUUAAUCCAACUUUAUAAUUUUUUCUUUAUUCAUAUAAGAGACAACAUGUUUAAAAAAUAUCCAGGUGGUCAUUCAUCAGAUAACUACUAAUGUUUGGCAUAACUUCAUUGACACCGUGCCAUGUCGUCUCCUAAAUUUAUUUUUCGAAAUGAACAAAUCUUCCAUAAAUUAAUAACAGUCAGCAAAAAUACUAUUUAUGGUUGGUUUUUUUUCUUAAGUUACAUAUUAUAAUUCCACCUAAUGCUUGUUUGUACCUUUGAUAUAGAUAAUAUUUUUUUUUGUUUUAAACAAAAACUUUUGUAUGUAUUUUUGUUUUUAUUAUUCUUAUUCAAUGAAUGUCCUCUAAAAUAAUUUAUUAGUUUGGUAAAUUAAUAGAAUGCCAAUAUUAUUUAUUUAUUUUUUUAGUAGUUUUUUUUUAUUUGUGCAUCUCAUAAUGAUACUUUUUUAUUUGUAUUCUUGAGUAAUAAUUAAUAAUUAUGUAUUUUUUAAUUCUACUAUUUAUGUAAAAGAAUAAUGGUUUUAAUUUAUAGAGUGUUUCCGCAAGUGUAGCUGCCGCAGCACAAACUCAGCUUGCUCAGUUAGUUGCUGAUCAUGGUGGUCAUAUUCUUCAAAACGCUGUCUUGAGUGUUGCUGGUGCUGAAUCAUUGCUUCUUAAAGGAAGUAAUACAAUGUUACCAACUCAACCACAAAAUGGUUCUGGUAUGCGUAUUUUGGCGGAUGUUUCUGGUCGUCUCCAAAUUGUUACUGUAUUAGAACCACAAUCGGUACAACAAAAUAUUAUUAACGGUCAACAUUUAAUGUUUCCUGCUAAUGGCACUCCUGUAAGUGUUGAAAAUAGACAAAAUCAUCAACAAUUUGUCAUGUCCACACCAGUUGAAGAUCAACAGAAUAAAGUUGUGCAACAAAAUAAUAGUAUUCGAGUAAUGCAUAGCAGUAGUACAAUGGUUUCAAGUUUAGAUCAUCAACAAAAUAGUAGUAUCCAACUUGUUUCUAAUAUGUUGGAUAGUCGGUUAUUAGUGGCAGCUAAUAAUGAUUCCUCAGCAAACAAUGACAUAUUAUUUAAUGAAGAACAAAAUCGAUUACAAAUAGUAACCAAUUCAUCUACAUUAAAUAAAAAUGUAGAACUACAAAAUCAGCCUCCAAUAAUUCAUACUUCUGAAAGAGUAAUGCAAACUUCAAUAUCAAGGUCUAAAACUGUGCCAGUAUCAUCCCAUAGUCCUAGAAGUAUUCAAUCUGUGAUAAGUCCUCAAUGUAGCCCAGCUAUGUCUCAUAGUUCUAGAAGUAAUUCUAAAAGUCCUGCUUCCUAUAAUUCUCCUAUACCUUCACCAAAUAUUUCUCAGUCUUUUACACCAAUGUUGCCAAAUAGGCCAAAUUUAACUAUUGUUACAUCUCCACAACAAAGCAAUAUGCAAUUUUCUAAACCGUGUGCUGCUAUUAUUUCACAAUCAAAUGAAAACCAUAUGAUGUUAUCUAAUUACCAUACAUCUCUAAUUAACAGAACAAAUAAUAAAAGUCCGGUUGCAGUUACGUCAAAAAUAUUCAGGCCAAAUAGUCCUCCUAAAGCUUCUAUUCCAUUGGAAGUUCAAUCACAAAAUGCAUUUUUAGAUAGUAUUGCUCAAUCUCACCCAAACAUACUGAUCAAUAAAACUAUGGUUGUUCCACCGUGUGCCAAUAAAACACCUAUUAAACCAAGAAAAGUAAAACGAGCUGCUGUUGUGAAACCAAUGGUAUUUCAAUGUGAUGACAAAGAGAAAGAACACCAUGAUACACCAGUUCCACUAAAUUCACCUGAGAGUAGUAUUUCAAAUCAAAGGGUUAAAACUAUUCAGCUCACACCACAAAAACAACAGGUGAGUUAGCAAAUUUUUUAUUUUUAUAUGUUUUUAAUUUUAAAUCUGCAACUGAACUAAAAUUGAUAGUUAACAAGUAUUUUUCUCAAACAUAUGGCGAUUUAAAAAAAAAUUGUAUUUUUCAUUUUUAUGCAAUUUUUUGAGGGAUUAGUUUUGAAAAUUCAAAUGACGCCUAACUUUUUAAGUCUGCUGUACAUCUUUGAAUUCAAAAUAAUGUAUUUGGUAAUAAAAUGACCAGAAAAAUUGGGUCACAUAUUAUACAAUCAUAGUUUUUUUAAAAACUGAAUUGCUAAUAGUAAUAAAGUUAAUACUUAAAAAUGAUUUCCAAUUACGAAAGUUGUUUAAAAAAAAAAGAUUUAAUGAAAAUAUUAUCUGAAAGGUAGUUGAAAUAAUUAUAAUAUUAUAAAUAUAUAAAUGUUAUUAAAAUUUUAAACCUAAAUAUUUAAAAAUAUUUGAUCUUUUAUUGAAAUUUAGAUGAUAUAUUUUCAUAAAAAACAUUUUUCCGUUUUAUAUAUAUUUUUAAAUAAAAUAGUUUUGACAUUAAUCGGAAACUGACCUUUUUAAAUUUUAGUUGCUGAAAGCUGUACAAAAUCAAAUUUCUACUCUAAGUGCAAAAAAAUACCGUACGAGUUGUGAACAGACAGCUUUACAAAGACUAUUUAAUGAACAACAGAAAAUUUUACAAUGUGGCAAAAUUGUUCCUACACUGUCUGGACAAAAUUCUCAAGGAAUUACCUAUGUAAGACAUUUAAAAUUGCAUUUAUAGAAAUAAAUAACUAUUAUAUUUAAUAUACUCUAUAAAUAUUAUGACAAAUACAAAUAUGACACAAAAAAUAUACUUCCAAUUAUAAAAUCCAUUUUUAACUUCUAAGUGAGCUUGGUACACUCGGAGGUAAUUUUUGUGAUGACUUUUUGUAUCUUGAUUCUGUUAUUUAACUUUUUUUUUUAUUGUGGUCCAGUUAAAAAUAAUUCAAGAUACCUGAAGUUUUUUAAAAUUAUUAUAUUAGCUCUUUCUGAACCCUAUAAAAAUAUUCUGUUAUUUUUGAGUUAAUCGUAGCUUUUUAUGUAGUUUUUUAAUUUUACGAGUUUAUUUGUAUUAUUCGGUUUAUGUAAAUAAUUGUUUGAUUUAUCAAAAUGCUCAAAAAUUUGAUACAAGCUUAAGUUAUUCUUAUGGCACUAUAUACACAUUAAAAUUCCUUAUUUAAAAUUGUAUUUAUAAGAGUUUGAUGAAGUAUACUGAUAAAAAUCUUAAAAAAAAAUAAUCACAUUUUAUGUAUUUUCCAACUAAUGUGAAUUCAACUUUUUAACCACUUAAAAAUUAUUGACAAAAAAACACAGAUAAUUGCUAUUUGUUAAUAUUAUAAAUUAAUAUUUUUUUAAGGUCUCUACACCAGUAAGAUUAGUGCCACCUCCUUGCCCUAUGUCAUCAAGUCCACCACAUACCUUGUCACCUCCUCUAGCAGUACAAACAUCAACAGUUGUUUCUCCUCCAACUAGUAAUAAAGCAACGUCUCCCUUACAUGUACAAGUGAGUAGUUGUGUUACUUAAUAUUAAUUAACUUAUAUUAUUUUAUUUACACAAUGGUGGUUGUCAAAAAAAAAAAAAAAAAUUGAUUAAAUCCACAAAUCUUAUUAUAAUGAACACAAUCAGCUCAGAAAUGAAAUUAAUUUUAUUUUGACUUUAAUUUUUCACAAAUUAUGUUUAAAAAUCAAUAAAUUGAAAAGUAUUCAAAACGAUUGUUAUUGGCGGGAAUUAAAUCUUUUCUGGUUUAGUGGGUUACCCAUAUAUGUGUUCAUGGUUACCACUGACUGAAAUCACGUCUUAUCAUAUAUCUCAGAUUGAUAACGUUUUUAACAAGUUCUUAUCAGUAUGGUAACCUUAGUAUAACUGAUGUUUGGUAACACACAUUUGAAUUGAUGCAAAUUCUGAUUGUUUUAAACUAGGUAAAUUUUAAAACAAAAUAAUCAAAUCCUAAAAUAAUAAUAAAAAAAGCUAUUUUUUUAAUCAAACAAAACUAUAGAAUUUGAGAAAAAUGUUGAUAACCCCCAUUAUGUUUGAAGUGAUAAUUUGAUGAUGGGUGUUUAUUUGUGUUUUGUAUUAAAGAGUUAAGAAUUGGAACAAAAACAAUUUAAACUGAUGUAUUGAUCACAGUAAUUAUGAUAAAAUAUUUAGAUAUUUAACUGUUUUAUGUUGUCUUUUUUUACCCAAAACAGGCAAAUACAUUUAAUACACUUUUUUAUUCUAUUUACAAUAAAUUUUAUAUUCGUGUACAAAGGUGUAACAUGGUCAUCUGGCACCUGAAAUAACUUGUUCUGUUCAAUAUUAGUAAAUUGUGUAUUAAUAGUUUUCUAAUAAUUCCUAGAACACCACGGUAUGAUUCAUUUAUUUUAUUUUUUAUACCAAGAAUACUAAUUUUAAAUUUUUAAAAUGUUGGUUUUUAUAAAAUCCUAGAAAUCUAUUUAUAAAUAGUAUUCUGAAACAAAAUUUCAGUGAUACCAAUAUUUACUGAUACAUUUUUGAAACUUUAAAAUCAUUAGCAAAAUUAUUUUUUAUUGAAAAAUGUGUAACGACUACAAGUAUUACACAGAGGAGACUGAAGAUUUUCGUAAUAAAGUCUGGGGGAAGAAUAUGUGACUUGGUUAUAGUUACGAAGACAGGCAAGUGAUGUAGAAAGUAUAUCCAAGAACUGCAAGAGAAACUGAAAAUGACAACAAUAAAUAAGUUCUUAAAAAGCCAGAGACUACAAUUGACAUGCAAUGAGGCUUAGUACAAAUGCAGCAAUCAGGAUAAUACUAGAUUAGAAGCCAGAAGGAAAAAAACACGGUUUCGCCUUCAGAAAAGGUGAAUUGGAAAAAGAUUUGGAAGACCUGGAAGGAAUUGUGGGAUCGGAAAGUGAUAGUUUAGGAUUAUUACAGGUGGGAUGAUUUGGCGAUGCAAAAGCUCUUGGAGAGUAAUAGAAGCCAUAAGAAGACUAUUGAAAAAUGUGAAUUGUUGCUAUAUAAUAGUGGUGGUUAUGGGUACAAUUUAAAUUAUGUUUAACUUAAACAAAUUGUAAAACACCAGAAUUUUGUUUCAAUUUAUAUUAAAUAUUUAUUAAUUCAUUUAUAAAAUGGUUAUGUUGAAUUUUUUUAAAAACAAUUUUAAAAAAAAGUAUUUAAUUGUUUUUGGUUUACAACAAAAAGUGUAAAACAUAAGAAUUAAAGUGUAAGGCUCAAGUUAUUGUAACAAGAAAAUACAACCUAACAACCUACAGAAUGAUUAAUUAAGCAUGCACACUUCAUUUUUAUGGUUAAAUUUUGCAUUUAUUAAAAUUUCAAUUUUUGGAAUUUAUAACUAGUUAAAGCUGAUAUUUUCUAUUAGUUAGUUUUUUCUCAGCAUUUAAAAAGUAUUCUGUUCAAUACUGUGAUUUUUCAAAUGAAAUCUUGCACAUGUAAUUAAAAUUUAAAUAAAAUGAUUAUGAUUUAUCCUACUUAAAAAUACUAAAGAUACCAGUCUAAAAAUCUUAUUUGUAUAGAAGUAUGGCGACUAUUAUUUUUAUAGUACUCCACUACUUUCCCUCUACCUAAAUUUAAAAGUAAAAUACCUUGUCAUUAGGUUGUUGGAAACUGACAUUUUCUACACCAAAAUUUAUUUAAACUUAUACCCUAUUUAGGUAUGGGAAUUUUUUGAUAUAUCUUUCAUUUGAAAUAUCUGCUUUUUUUACAUAUGCAAAAUGUAACCAUAACAAAUGGGGAGAGUAUACUUAAUGAUUAACCUGAAUAUUGUUCAGAACAAAAAUUAUUUCAGGUGUUAAAUCUAUGUGUUAGAUUCUGUAUAAUAAAUUAUGAAUAUAUUUUUUUUUUUUUAUCUGAAAUUAAACUACUCUUCUAAAGCAGAAUUAAUUGUUAUUUUAUUGUUUAUUAGUUCAAUUUUUUAAAUAAGGUUAAUUUAAUUUCAGUAAUAAUAUAACAAAAGCCCAGUUUUUAAUAUAGUUAUAGGCAAAACUUGAAAAAAUAUUGGUAGACAAAUUACUUUAAGAAAUUUUUCUAACUUGAAACUAUUAUUAAUUUUUAUUAUUUUGAAUUAUAUUUUAUAAAGGUGGGUACUCAAACGUCUUGUGAACCUUCUCCAACUCUUCCUGCAUUUAGUGCUUCAAAACGAAUUUCAUUGUAAGUAUUUAGAUUAUAUUAAUGUUACUUUACAUAAAUUUAUCUGUAAAAAUUAUUGUUGUUUUAGAAUUUCUGAACGAAAAGCAGCAGAUCAACUUGGUGCAACUAAUCCGGAUGUUGUCACACCAUUUAGUUCGGCAAGUGAUGCUGUAAAACGAUUAUCACGAUAUCAUUGUUUAAAUGAUGCUGUGCUAUCAGAAAGAGAUUUAGAGUUGGCUGAUGAAAUAUUUGAAUCGACAGCCAAACAUUUGUUAGAUAAAAAAGCAUCAUUAUUCAAUAAAUAUCGUUACCUAUUAUUUAAAGAAAGCAUGGUGAGCAUCAAACUGAAAUUGUCAUUUAUAAUAUUUAAACUUAAUAUAUAUUUUAUUUUUUCUAUAUUAGCGGGAAGUACAAACAUCUGAAUUAAUUAUGUUGGGGCGAUUAUUUGAUGCUGAUGAAUCCGCACAAUUACAACAAUUGAAACAAAAUUUAACAUCAAAUUCAAUCAAUACAUCAACAAGUAAAUUAUUUUAAAUUGUGUAAAUGCUACAAUAAGAGUUCAUUUAUUUAUUUAUGCCUUUGGGUUUUUUAUUUCUAGGUUGUAAUGAUUCCAUAUCUAAAAAACGGGAACAUCCACCAGAGGAUGAACCGGUUACAUCAGAAAACAAACGCCAUUGCCCUGAUGAUGAAGAAAUAAAUGCACAGGUGCAAAGCGCCAUAGACAGUAUUUUGAAUUUGCAACGCAGCGAUCCAGCAACGGAUGAGGCGGUGCGCAGCAUUUUACCGUCCUAGCAUACUGGUCAUAGGAAAUGUUUGACCACAGUGUGAACACUAAAAUAUUGGUUCCUCAGUGUACGGAUUUCCUAAUUGCGAUAUUGGUAAUAUUUGACUGUGUUAAUAUUAAUUAAAAUUUUCUUUUUCCUUUCUUUUUUAUAUAAUUAUUUUUUCUCUAAAAUACCUUACACUUAACUAAUCAAAUGUUUAAGAAAACCAUAUGCUAAGAUAGAAAUAUAAGUUACUGUAAGGAUGGGCUAAACUAAUUCUAAAAACUGAAUAAUUUACUAAUAAUUGUGUUGUUACCAAAUUGAAUUAUUUUACUUCCAAAUAUUUAAAAUAUCAUCUAGUCUCUACAUUUUUCAUCACAUCACAUAUUUUGUUACUAUGACUAUGAGUUACAAUAAUAUUUAUUGAUUAUAAUUUAAUAAGAUUUAAAUAAAUCAUCUACCUUUUGCUUGGUUAGGUAUAAUUAGUAUAUUUUUUUUAUUUUACAGUACUAAAAAAUAUUAAGUCAUAUUGCUUUUUAUAGUGUUUUUUUUUGGUAUUAAUCUUUCAGUGAUGUAUUUAUUUUCCGAUAAAUAAUAUUUAUAAGAACUAAAAAAAAAAAUCAAGAAUAAUUUGUUUUAUUUCAUAAAUUAAAAAUUUGAACAUUUUAUUUUAUCAAUGUGUUUUUACCAUUUUUAUAUAAAUUAAUAAUAAUUCAGUGUAAUCAUCUAAACAAUUUGCG